AUGGCGCCUGGUCGCAGCCGCAACCGCAUAGCCCUGGCCUUGGCUCUGGCCCUCGCCGCCUGUCGUCAUGUCUUCGUGGCACCCUCUUCGCCACGCUGGCGCCACGUUGCUGCGCGCGGUGCCACGGCGCGGCAGAAUUGGAUGGAGAUGUUGGAGGAGGCAGUUGGUACACCUACACCGGAGACACCGGACACGGCCAUCCCCAGUAGUGUUCCAGCCUUGGACCCUGAGCUGAUGACAGAGGAAUAG